AAACACUUCCUUUCUGUGCCACUCAGAAAGUUACUCAUCUACAAACCUAAAAUAGAAUGGUCAUCUAUUCCUUUACUUGCUUUCUAUAUACACCUCUCUUAAUCUCCACUAGCCAUUAACAACACACAGAGAGAAAGAAAACCAAAAACCAAAAACCAAAAACCAGUUUCACAACAAGAAGAUGGGAAGAGGUAAGAUUGAGAUCAAGAGGAUUGAAAACUCAAGCAACAGACAAGUUACCUAUUCAAAGAGAAAGAACGGUAUUCUUAAGAAAGCAAAGGAAAUAAGUGUUCUCUGUGAUGCUCAAGUUUCUCUUAUUCUCUUUGGUGCUUCUGGAAAGAUGCAUGAAUACAUCAGUCCCUCCACCACGUUGAUUGAUGUUCUUGACAGAUACCAAAGAGCUUCUGGAAAAACUCUCUGGGAUGCUAAACAUGAGAACCUUAGCAAUGAAAUUGAUAGAAUCAAAAAGGAGAAUGACAGCAUGCAAAUUGAACUCAGGCACUUGAAGGGAGAGGACAUUACUUCACUGAAUUACAAAGAGCUUAUGUCCCUUGAGGAUGCCCUUGAAAAUGGCCUCACUGGUGUUAGAGACAAAAAGAUGGAAGUGCAUAGGAUGUUCAAGAGAAAUGGAAAGAUUUUGGAGGAUGAAAAUAAGGAACUCAACUUUCUUCUGCAACAACAUUUGGCAUUGGAAGGUGUUGGAAACAUGCAUGGACAAUGGAUUUAACCAGAUCAUAAGGGAAUUAGUUUGCUCAAUAUUAUGCCUAAAUGGUCAUUAAUCUUCUAAAAAGAAUGUAUGUUGAAUUAAUGGCUGCUACUAUAUCUAAUUAUAUAUAUAUAUAGUGUGCUCUAAGUCUUGGGUUGUGAACUUAAUUGUAAUUUCUAUUUCUGAUUUCAGUAGGGUUUGUUGAUUAUGUAUCAUUGGAGACCUUUGAGUCUAAACAAUAUCCAAAAACUUGUCAUUGAAGUGAAGUUUAUUGGCUUUGAAUUUCACUAUUAAAUAAGUGUGUUUUCU